GCUGAGAAAUCAGUCCGUCUCAUGUUGAGCGAGCUCGGCAUUUAGCCUUGAUACUGUAGACAGCAUAACUAAUAAACCUGAAUUACUAAUACAGUGCUUUUGUUGUAUUCAACUUUUGAGGCGUUAAUGUCAAUUAAACAUAGGUUUAAAAAACAUUAUUAUUGUCAUCUUCAACCUAGAGCGUAACCAGGAAGUGAGUGGGAGCGUGGAGACGAGGGGAUCUUUGGUGUGGAGGAGUGCGCUUCUCAGUCAGAAUGAGUAAGGAGAACCUCAGCGACUGGCCCCCUUCCCAGACCUCUACAGAGGAGGAAGAGGAGGAGGAAGAUGAUGGGGAGCCCAAGGUGUGUCAGGUGUGUGGAGAUCAGGCUACAGGCUAUCACUUCAACGCCAUGACAUGUGAGGGCUGCAAGGGAUUCUUCAGGCGUGCCAUGAAGCACCCCACUAAGUUCUGCUGCCCGCGGCAGGGUGUCUGUGUCAUCACCAAGAACAACCGCCGCCAGUGCCAGGCCUGUCGACUCCACAAAUGCCAGUCCAUAGGCAUGCUGAAAGAGUCGUUUGUCUCUGUUGCCAUAGUGAUAAUGUCAAAGGAGGCUGUGGAGAAGAGGAGGAGUCAGAUCAGGAGGAACAGGAUGGUUGAAGAGCCCCCGGUCCUCUCGCCACAACAGGAAGCUGUCAUACAGGAACUGUUCAACGCCCAUGAAAAGACCUUCGACAUCACCUUUUCCCACUUCCAGUUCAGGCCCAUCGACAGAGACCUCAAUCCCAUGUCUGUGUGGAACCAGACUGCCAGUGGACAAAGUGUAAAACAGACUAGAAGAAUGGAUAACUUGUCAUCAUCUUACUCCACAUCCACCUCCACCAGCUUCUCCUCUUCCUCCUGUUCUUUAGAGGAUGAGGAGAAGGACAGGAGUGAUGGAGGGAAGAAUACGGUUUUCACCACUCUGCCCGAUGUAGCUGACCUUACCACCAACAUGGAGGAGAAGAAGGAGGAGGAGAAGAAGGAGGACAGGAGUGAUGGGGGGAAGAAUACGGUUUUCACCACUCUGCCCCACAUAGCUGACCUCACCACCUACAUGAUCCAAAACAUCAUCAACUUUGCCAAAGGACUCCCCUCCUUCAGGGCCCUGGCCAUAGACGACCAGAUCUCUCUGUUGAAGGGGGCCAUGUUUGAGAUGAUGCAGAUCCGCUUCAACAUGAUGUUCAAUGUCAAGACGGGCAUCUGGGAGUGUGGUCCCCUGACGUACUGCAUGGACGACGCUGUCCGGGCUGGGUUUCAGCGCCACCUGUUGGACCCUCUGAUGCGGUUCCACUACACCCUGAGGAACCUACAGCUGCAGGAGGUGGAGUAUGUUCUCAUGCAGGCCAUCUCCCUCUUCUCUCCAGAUCGUCCGGGUGUGAUCAAUCAUGGUGUGAUUGAUAGUCUGCAGGAGAAGCUGGCUAUUGCGCUGAAGGUCCACAUCGACUCCAAGAGGGCCAAGCCUGAGAAACACCUGCUGUACCCUAAGAUUCUGGCGUGUCUGACGGAGAUGAGGACUAUGAAUGAGGAGUAUACCAAACAGGUUCUGCAGAUUCAGGACAUCCAGCCAGGCAACUCAUUUGACCCACUCAUCCUGGAGGUGGUCAGCAAGGACCCCUGAGACAGACACACCCAGACAGGCAGCAGCAGGGAUGCCUAAAUCACUUUCUGUCAGGUUUCAACAAGGACAUUGAGGGAGAAUCUUAAUUACAUGCUCCUUGUGUCCUCUCUCCUCGACUCCUUCUCAAAACCCAUUGGAUGAAAGAGCCAGAGGUCCCUCCCUUCCGACCUUCUCUUCCUAUGGAUUUUGAGAAGGAGGCGAGAAGAAAGGACGCAAGGAGUAUGUAAUUGAGAAAAGGACCUAAAUCACUUUCAGACAGGUUAAUCCACUUUCCUCAGCCCGAUAUACAGAACGGAUGCCUAAAUAAUUGUGACAGGCUUCAACAGAGACAUGUAAAACUGCCUAUGGGGUGAUUGAAUCAUUUUCCCUCUCAAGUAUGUAGCUUUUAUUUUAUUUUAUUCAAAAUAUAUCAAAAGAGCUAUACGUAGUUUUUUAAUGUGUGCUUGGUUGUAUGUUUUUUUCUUUCAUCAUUCAAUUAUGCAUAUUGCCAACGCAAAAUGAUUGUCAGAGACUCAGACAAUUGUGUUUAAAGCACUAAUGCAAAAUCAUCUUACAGGACUGAACGAGGGGAUGUCCCCUAUGGUUCUACAGAGGUUUAAGGAGUGGUUGUGUUUUCUGUGAAAAACAGAACUGGGCUGCUGUAUUUCCUAAAGCUGGUCAAGUGUGACACAAAAUAAAUCUUGUACAUAUCAA